UCAGAAGCUGCAGCCCUCGGAUGAGAUCUUCGUUCAGAGGAUAGAAGAGCUAGCUAGGAAGACACAGAAGACUUGUUCUACAGGCAUGAGUACACAAGCCGCCAUGGGGCUUUCUUUCAACAUCCUCUUUCUCGGGUGGUGGCUGACUGGACAGUGGUGGACAUGUAGAGGACAAUUUCAUGCCGAGCCUUUCAUCUCAGUGACUCCCAGUGUGGUGGUCGCUGUGGGGGGAAAUGUCAGCAUCCACUGUAGGAGUGAAUUCCACAAUGUGACAUUUGCUCUAGUAAAAGAAGAAGGAGCUUCUAUCAAAGAAUUGGGUAGAAAGGAUGCAGAAAAAAAUGGAGUUAUAUUUCAUAUUAUCAAUGCCAGACCAAAAGAUGGCGGGACCUACCAGUGUACAUAUUGCUUAAAAUUAUACCAUUGUCAACAAUGGUCACCUUACAGUAACCAUGUACACAUCAACAUAACAGAUCCCAAAUUGACCAGACCUACCAUUUCAAAGAGCCCCACUGGGUCUGUUGCCCUUGGAGGACAAGUCAAGAUCCAUUGUGAAAUUCAAGGUGGACCUGCCAAGUUCUAUCUCCAUAAGGAUGGAGACCCAGCAGCAAAAUGGCCCAUGGAGAAUGACAGGAACGUGGGUGAAUUUUUCAUCAGCAACGUCAACUGGGAGCACCAAGGGAACUAUACCUGCAGCUAUGCAUUGACGACAAGACCUUCUGGGUUCUUAGUCCACAGUGACCCCCUGGAGCUUUUGGUAUCAGAUACGGAUCGUUCUCGUGACAUAAUCACAUGGGUUGGCUGUGCCGUGGGCCUUCUUGUCCUGGUUCUCCUCCUGCUGUUCCUGCUCUUCAUAUUGAACAGAAAAAGGAGAAAGAGCUCCACUGCCAGUGAAAGAACCCAACAUCUGCCAAUGAAAGAAACCGACAUGACCCAAGAAGUUGAAGAUGAUACUGAAGGAAUAGCCUAUGCUACACUGAACCACUACUCAUCGAAAACCAAACAGACAGCAAACCCUGACACACUCCCCGAGUCCUGUGUCUAUGCAGCAGUGGCCAACAACAGUACCAGGAAAGAUCAAUAGGCAGAACUUCUCAGGGAUGCGGGCACUCCUGGGACCUUGGAGUACCCCUGAGUUCUACAGACACACAUCUUAAGGCUGGUUCAAUACAUGCAAAGUCCACAUUUCCUCUGCCUAAUUAUGUGCCAACCACAUGGGAAAUGGAAGGGUAAACCAGGUGACGUAUGGAGCCACCUGGCAGCCACAAAGGCUGACAAAUGUUCCAGGGAACAGUGAUUGUGGCAGCCACUGUGGCUAGCGCCACCCAAAUUAGGACUGCAGGAUGUACAGUAGUUAUUGCAUCCACAGACUCAAGAACUUUAUUUCUCUCAUACACGUCAUGCUUUAGACUCCCCCCGCCCCACUUCCCACCUAGCCAGCAUCCAGGAAACUACAGACCAGUUAGCUUAACUUGUGUGCCAGGUAAAUUGAUGGAAAGCAUACACAAGGACAAAAACAUAUCGAAGAACAGGCCUGGCUGAAGGAGAACCAGCAUGGCUUCUGGAAGGGCAAGUCUUGCCUCACUCACCUUUGGGAGUUCUUUGAGAGGGCCAACAGGCAUGUGGAUAAAGGUGAUCCGGUUGACAUAGUAUACUUGGACCCAUGGGCUACCUCCAGCCUCAGAGGCAAGACGCCUCUAAAUACCAGCUGCAGGGGAGCAAUAGCAAGAAAGAGGGCAUACCCUCAGCUAAGGAUAUCUAAGUGGGCUUCUAAGAGGCAUCUGGUGGGCCACUGUGUGUAACAGGAUACUGGAUUAUAGGUGGUAUUUCAUCCUUGGUGAUUAUUGUAUAACACACUGGAUGGAUUGUGUUUCCCGUCUCCAUCAGAAUCAGAAGUGUAGAUGCAGGUGAAAAACGUCUUCAUCAACUGAUGAAAGAUCUUUAGUGGCAUUUUAUUAAAGUCACACCACCCUCUG